AUGUCCAAAUCAGACCCUGAUUCCUCUGUCCCAAGCGACCGCAUCCCUACAUACGAAGAAGCGCUGGCUUCGUCCAGCAGUCAUACAGUAAGCUGGCCACGGAGGACAACAUCUAACGCGAUUAGUAUUCGUGACGAACGGACCCGGCGAGUCUUCGAAGUUGUAACCAGAGUCAUCAUCCCCAGCUUUGCAGACCACAUCUCGAAUCUUUGCAACCACAUCACCAUUGUCCUUGUACCCGCAGAUGCUUUUCCAGCCUCAAGGACAGUAACGGCGCAGAACAUCGUCUCACCAUCACCACACAGCUACAGGACCACGGGUAAUGUGGUGGCCCUCGUGGGAACGGAGAAUCGUGCUUCGUUCUGGACGCAGCAGUCUGUGCUGCAAGAACUCGAUCGAAUACUGAGGAGGGAACUCUCAGGCUCGUCACCAGCUGCACCACCCAAGCUUGUGGAUGAAAAGACUCGGUCGACACAGCUGCCGCCACUCCAAGUCCAGCCAGAACCAGGAGCUCAACUCCCACCUCGACCAGGCAAGCAGUCAUGGCUCAAACGCACCUUCGCCUUACCCGGCGAGGAUCACGACCCGACAGGCGAGACAGGCAAAUGGGACCUCGGAUGGCGGAGUCCUGAACAUCACCAGACGAACACAGAUCAAUUCAGCCCGGCCUCACAACGAAAAGAUGGAGUGAAGACACUACAAGCCGACGAGGUAUCAGUUCAGACCAAGCUUCAAGACGUUAGUUUCCGAACAGAGAAUGAGAUGGGGCUCCUCGAGACUACUACCAUCAAAUGCAUAUGGAUCGAGAUCGAGGUUGGCGUUUAG